AGGAAGUAGAGCGUGGUCGUCUUAAAAGUGGACUGAACCGCCUGUCAAUGAACUGAACUGAAGCAGGUGCAAACCCGGGAAUCUAACCAGCAUGGCUCAGAAGCUGCUGAUAAUCGACACAGACUGUGGCAUAGAUGAUGCUCUGGCUAUCAUAGUUGCUCUGGCAGCUCGUGGUGUGAAGGUGUUGGGCAUCACCUGCUGCUUUGGGAACACUGCUGUGGAUAAUGUGUGUCAGAAUGUGAUGCGAGUUCUGACGGUCUGUCAACAAACCCAGAUUCCAGUUUAUAAAGGGUCUGCUGGUCCUCUAAUCGGACCUGUGACAGGAUUUAAAGAUCACUUUGGCACAGAUGGACUUGGAGAUGUUCUGGAGAAUUCUGAGAUUUGGAAAGGGCAGAUUCAGAAAGAGCAUGCUGUUCAUGCUUUAAUAAGACUGGUAAAUGAAAACCAGGGAGAGGUUUCACUCAUAGCUCUUGGUCCACUGACUAACUUGGCUUUGGCUGUUAGAUUAGAUCCCACCCUCCCUCAGAAACUCAAGGAUCUGUACAUUAUGGGUGGUAACAUGGAAGGCAAGGGAAAUCUGACACCAUCUGCAGAGUUUAAUUUUAGUUUGGAUGCCGAAUCAGCUCAUAUAGUUUUGGAGGAAUAUACAUGCUCGACACACAUCGCAACCUGGGAGUUCACUUGCAGAAACAAACUAUCUUGGGAGUCUUUUGAUGAGCUGGUCAAUCAGGAUACAUCAGCUGCUCGAUUCAUGAAGAAGAUAACCUCCAAGUGCUGGGCCUACUCUAGAGAACCUCGCAUCAGCAACAAAGAUUUGCUCUUUGGGCACGGGUUUGUACCCUACGACGCCUUCGCUGUGGCAGCUUGUGUGGACAGCAGCGUGAUCACAGAGAGUUUACAGUGUGCCGUACGUGUGGAGGUACAAGGUCAACUGGGACGAGGCAUGAUGGUUGUGGACCCAGCCAAUACACUGAAGAAAGGCCAUCUUGUCUUUGUGAUGAGGACAUGUGACCUUAAAAAGUUCAGCUUGAUGCUGAAAGCAGCUUUGCAAAUAGCAUAGAAAUGCUUCUUUGAAAUAGAUUUGUAUUACAAGAUUUCCAUUUUCAAAUGUAGCAUCCUUUGCACUUUAUUGGUGCAACUAACCCUGUACUGAUAUCGUUCCAAACCCUUAAAGGGUUACUCCACCCCAAACAUUUUGUCAUUAAUCACUUACCUCCAUGUCAUUCCAAACCUAUAAAAGUUCCGUUCGUUCUAUCUGCACAACUAAAACAUUUUAAUGCUUAAGAUGUCAUAAAAGUAAUUGAUAUUAACCAUUCAUUGAUUAAAUAUGGAAGAAAAGCCUAAAUUAAUUCUAUUCAUCAUAUAAAGUGAUCAGGUCUCUUUUCAGAAGAAUUGGAUUAAACUUCUUGAUUUAUAUGGAUUGUUUACAAUAUUUUUAUCACUGUUUGAAUCAUCAAACUGUUCAUUGCAUGGACAGAAAUAUUUGUGUUUUGAAAAUGUAAAUCUAGGUUUAAAACGAGAUGAGGUGAGUAAAUGACAGUUUUCAUUUUUGGGUGAACUAUCCCUUUAAUUUAGGCAGAAAUAAAAUAAGAAGUCAA